CUUUGGUAUCGCGAGAAAGCCUUUCACUGGCUUCCGGUUGACUAUUUUCGGUGGAGAAGGAGAGCGUACUGUUGUCCUUUUAGCAGCCGUUUUGACAGAGUAUUGAGUUGAGAUUUGAAUGCUUACGGUAUUUAUUGGUUAAGGGCAGUUAUAGCGAGAUGUCGGACGACCUGGUGAAACAGUUAAACAGCUACAAAGCCCAGCUUCAGCAAGUAGAAGUUGCGUUAUCUACUGACCCAGAAAAUGAAGACCUCCUUAAAUUACAGAAAGACUUACAGGAAGUCAUCGAUUUGACAAAAGACCUCCUGACCUCACAGCCCGCCGAGAGUGCUUCCAGUACCAAUGGCUCAGAGAGAGUUCCCCUGAAGCAUGGCUGGAAAGUGGGGGACAGGUGUAUGGCUACGUGGAGUCAGGAUGGACAGGUGUAUGAGGCUGAGAUUGAGGAGAUAGACCGAGAGAACGGCACUGCAGCCGUGACCUUCUCUGGAUAUGGGAAUGCUGAAGUGAUUCCUCUGCAGAACCUCAAAGCAGUAGAGGAGGGGAAACGCUCUGAUGACGAUAAGCCAAAGUCAAGGAAAGAGCAGAUAGCAGAGCAGAGAGAGUAUAAGAAGAAGAAAGCCCAGAAGAAGGUAGCGAGGAUGAAGGAAUUGGAGCAAGAGAGGGAGGAGCAAAAGUCAAAGUGGCAACAGUUCAACAACAAAGCCUACUCAAAGAACAAGAAAGGACAGGUGAAGAGGAGCAUAUUUGCAUCUCCAGAAAGCGUAAACGGGAAGGUGGGAGUGGGAACAUGUGGUAUUGCAGACAAGCCUAUGACCCAGUACCAUGACACAUCAAAAUACAAUGUCAGACAUCUAAUGCCACAGUGACCUGAUAUAUUCUGUAUAUAGAAAUCCACUGUAUACUGCCUGUAUCAGUGCUUUCUGUUGUGUUUAUACAUGAUUUAACUUUCUCAAGUAAAGAAAGCUUUGAAAGGAAUUGCUUACACACCGUUGUUUAAAAUAUUGAUGUAGUUUUCUUAUAUAUUAUGUAGGUACAACAACAAAAUUUCAAACAGAGGGGAUUUUCCCUGCACUGGAACAAGGUCACCUGUUAUGUAAGAACAGGAAGUGGUGUUGUAGAAAAGCUGUAGAGUUUGUGUCCAGGUUCCACCGAGGCCAAAUACCUGCUAAGAUGUGUGUAUAAAAUAUACACCUGUAGAUGUGGUGUGGAAAUUCAAAGCUGGAUUCUAAACACUGAUCCAUUGUUGGGGGGAGUCUUGGCAUUUAAUAAUGGUGUUGAUUUGACAUGGCUGAAUUUACAUUUUAAUUUCUGUAUAUGUAACAGUGAAAUAAACAUUGUUUUGUUUUUCAGGGUUUUUUUUAAACAAUUGUUUCCACCUCAUUUUGACUAUUUCUUCAUUGUAUUUUCAUUGUGUGUCUGUCAGGUCCUGUAGGUGGCAGUAAAGACUCUUAUAAAGACCAUUAUUAAUAAAUCAUUUACGUGAGCAGCAUGCUGCAACUGUUAAUACUGUUUUGCCAUUAAAGUUACAUGAGUUUUUGUUUGA